UGCGUCCCCUUCUCUCUGCAGCGCGGGGACAAGGAGACGUUCCCGCUGCGCAUGCGCGCCGCCAACACCAGGCCCGUCCCGGAGGAAGGCGGGCUUAUUGCUCGUGCGCAGUGGGGACGGCUUCAGAGGAAAGAAACGGGACCGCGCUCAGGGACCCCGGUUUUGCGCAUGCGUCCUGCUGCUGGAUGAAGCUGAAUCUUGGGGGACCUGAAAGCCUUCCUGCACAUGCGCAGGAGGCUCAAUGACAGUCGAGCGUUGGCUAAGGCUCCGGGCACAGGGGCUGGCCAUGUUGCAUGUGACCCGGGGGGUCUGGGCAUCCUGGGUCCGAGGAUGGCCAGUCUUGCCCGCGCUCCUGGGGCCCGCCCGGGCCCUGUCCUCGCUGGCGGCCAAGAUGGGGGAGUACCGCAGGAUGUGGAACCCCACGGAGCCCCGCGACUGGGCGCAGCAGUACCAGGAGCGGUUCAUCCCACUCUCCAAGGAGCAGCUGCUCCGCCUCCUGAUGCAGGAAUUCCACUCCAGUCCUGCGGAGAAGGCGGCUUUGGAGGAGUUCUCUGCCCACGUGGACCUCUGCACCUUGUUCCACUACCAUCAAAUCCUGAACCGGCUGCAGGCCUUAUAUGACCCCAUCAACCCGGACAGGGAGACCCUGGACCAGCCUUCGCUCACGGACCCCCAGCGCCUGUCCAAUGAGCAGGAGGUGCUGCUGGCGCUGGAGCCCCUGCUGGCCCAGGCCAACUUCUCCCCGCUCUCCGAGGACACCCUGGCCUAUGCUCUCGUGGUCCACCACCCUCAGGACGAGGUCCAGGUGACGAUCAACUUGGACCAGUACAUCUACAUGCAGUUCUGGGCCCUGGGCCAGAGAGUCGGGAAGAUGCCUCGUAUGUCCAGCGUGGGCUCCAAGCGUUACUACUUCUUCAAGGCCACCCCUGCGGAGAGGAGAUACUUUAAGCGGGUGGUGCUAGCGGCCCGCACGAAGCGGGGGCACCUGGUGCUGAAGAGCUUCAAGGACACGCCCCUGGAGGGCCUGGAGCAGCUGCUGCCGGAGCUGAAGGUGCGCACGUCCGCCCUGCAGCGCACACUGCUCAACCUCUUCCUGGUGGUCUCGGGCGUGGCGGUCUUCGUCAACGUGGGCAUGGUGGUGCUCACCGACCUGAAGAUGGGCACCUCCCUGCUGCUGCUGUUCUUCGCUGCCUUCAUGGGCCUGCGGGCCACCAAGAUGUUCGGGCAGCAGCGCAGCGUGCACGCGCUGGAGCUGGCGCACAUGCUGUACUACCGCAGCACGUCCAACAACUCGGAGCUGCUCAGCGCGCUGGCCCUGCGCGCGCAGGACGAGCACGUCAAGGAGGCGCUGCUGGCGCACACCUUCCUGGCCCGGCGGCCAGGGGGCGCGAGCGGCCCGCCUGAAGAGACCUCCCGCUGGCUCCAGUCGGAGGUAGAGAACUGGCUCCUGACCCAGACGGGCUGUGCCGUGACCUUCAACGGAGCCCGGGCUCUGGGCCACCUGCAAGCCCUGACGGAGAGCGUGGGGACGUACCCGCCUUCGGGGUUCCCCAAACUAGACCCGUUGGCGACGGGCACGUCCCCCGCAGGCCCCGCCCAGCAGUGACUACCGGGGAGAAGCCUCUCCGCGCCGCCACCUGGUUAGGAGCUAAGCCCCGCCUCCUCAUGACAAACUGCUCAUCACAGCUACGAUGCAUGGCGGCUCUAGUUCCCAAUGUUACACUUUAUCCCUAAAACAAAGCCCCCAAUCAAGACAGCCUGCAUCCCCCCUCCAGCUGUAAACAACCAAAUGGGGGUUCGGCUGAGGAGGGAGCCAGCCGAUCACAGCUGCUAACCCUACUGACCACCUGCGCGCCCCUCCGGCCGCGCCCCCCCCCCCCCCCCGAGGCCACAUGUCAUUGUCCUUUUAGCCCGCUCCGGGCACAGCGCCCGCCACGCUCACCACGGCGGAGCCCAGCCCGCGGCCAGCAGCGCCGCACUGCCGGUGACAGCGUCUGGGCGCUCAGUUUGGGGGCGGCCAGUUGUCGCUGCAUGGAAACGAUCAGAAUUCCUAAAAGAAACCCGAGCUUUCCAUCAGUCGCACGACUUCUAAGGCAGGCCGGCCGCCGGGCCCACGGCUCAUCAGCUCGCCCAGGCUGAGGGGGGAGCCGGGGGCCAGCAGGAGCCGUGGGCCAGGCGGACCCGCCCUCACCAGGAUGCGAUUCCAUGCAGGCCCCCCAACCUCAGGUGCCUUCCCCGCCCUGCGCUCCCCUUUCUACACAAACUACCUCGCCGGACCUUCCCUCCUGCAGGGGCCUGUGCGAUAUUUGUUGGUCUAUCAUUUCCCUCUCCCAGCGGAAUAAAUCAUGUCUCAGA